AUGGCUGUAUCAGAGGGUAAACGUCACGCUAGUGAUGUGGAUGGUACUGAAGGAGAAUUAGCCGACUCUCAAGUCACUAAAAAAUUGAAGCAAGAGAGUUUGAGUGGUGAUUUAAAAGAAGCUGAUGUGGGGAUUACCAACUUUUUGAGAGGGUCGAACGCUGGCUUUUAUGGCCAAAUUAAACAGAGAUACACGGAUUUCAUGGUCAACGAGAUUUCUGUAGCAAAUGAAGUCAUUCAUUUGCUCGACAGAGGAUUUAAGAUGCCAAAAGUCGCCAAACCCUCGAAAGAGCAGUCGAACGAGCUUCAAGAAGCGGAGAACAGGGAGAGAAAUAGCUUUGAGGUUGAAUCUGGGGUCAGGGAGACUCUGGUCGAACUUUUGGGUGAGGAAGAUACCGUGAAGAUCGAGGAAGUGUAUAAAAACGCGGGCAAGAUGGAGACCACUAAAAGAUUUGACGACAAGGCUGAGCGGACUAAAGUGCAUCAAACGCUUCGUGCUGCUUUCAAAAACGAACUCGAGUCCGUCACGUCAGAGAACAACACUUUCAAGAUUGCAUUGGCCAACCGGAAGUCGAGGGUCAAUAAAGAAGAGCUGCGGGAAAGAACCAAGGACGAAAAUGGUGUUGAGAACUGGGGGUAUGGACCUACCAAGAAUUUCAUUCACUUUACAAUGUACAAGGAAAACAAGGAUACCAUGGACGUUGCCAACGUCAUAGCAAAAUUUCUUCGUGUGCCAUCGCGUCUAAUUAGAUACGCUGGGACUAAGGACAGGAGGGCGAUUACUUGCCAAAAGAUGUCGAUCUCAAAGAUUAGUCUUGAGAGACUUAAUGCUCUUAAUAGAGCGUUGAAGGGUGUGGUUCUUGGUGGGUUUAAAUUUGAAGAUGAUCCGCUAAAUUUGGGAGAGUUGAACGGUAACGAAUUCGUUAUUGCGAUAAGAGAGGUGCAAAUAUCACCAGAAGCGAGCGGUUCUGAUUUAGAAGGCAUUUUGAAGAAGGGCUGCGACUCUCUAAUGCAAGACGGAUUUAUCAAUUAUUUCGGCAUGCAAAGAUUUGGCACUUUCAGCGUCUCUACUCAUGAGAUUGGCAGAGAACUACUGAGUGAGAACUGGAAGAAAGCUUGUGAUCUGAUUUUGGCCGAGCAAGAAAAUGUGUUACCGAUUUCGAAAGAGGCUCGCAAAGUCUGGGCGGAGACUGGGAACGCCAAAGAUGCCUUGCACAAGAUGCCACGCCAAUGUGUGGCCGAGAAUGCCAUAUUGAACUCUUUGAUCGAGCAGAACGUUGAAGAGCCAAAUGAGAGGAACUUCUUCGCCUGCAUCAACAAGAUUCCAAGAAAUCUGAGAACGAUGUACGUCCACGCAUACCAAAGUUACGUUUGGAAUGUUGUCGCAAGCAAAAGAAUAGAGCUUUUCGGACUCAAAGCAGUUGCCGGAGAUCUUGUCAUUGACGAAGAGGAUGCAGAAUUGAGCAAGCCUGAACAAGUGGAAGCAGAAGGCGACGAAUUUGCUGAGGAUUUGAGAGACGCCAAAAUUGUCAGAGCCAGACCGAUUACGGACGAAGAAAUCGCUGCAGGAAAAUUUAGCAUGGAAGACGUCGUUUUACCAACUCCAGGUUUUGACGUCGUUUAUCCUACAAACGAGACUCUCAAAAACGUCUAUAAAGAAACUAUGGCACCAGAUAACAUUAGUCCCUUUGAAAUGAGAAGAAAAGUCCGCGAUUUCUCGCUACCUGGUUCAUAUCGUAAAGUUAUUAACAAACCCGAAGACAUGAGCUUCAAAAUCGUGCACUAUUCCUCCCCUACUCAGCAAUUAAUCAAUACGGACUUGGAGAUUUUGAAUAAUACUAAGGCCAAGGACAACGGUCAGAAAUACAUGAAAGAAAAGCUCAACAGGUUCCCCGAAGACAAAGGAGGCGACAGCGUAGCUGUUCUACUGAAAUUUAAGUUGAGCGUUUCGGCCUACGCGACCAUGCUCUUACGUGAGUUGAUGAAGCUGGAAACGUCACGCCGUGGUGACAUGUGCGACGUCAGGUUGUGA